GUCUUGGUUUAUUACUAUUUUAAAUUGAAAUGUGUGAUAGCUCUUUUAACUGAAGGAAGGUGGGAGUUAUUAGGCAGUAGGAAGAGCUGGAGUAGGUGUAUUAGUGCUGGUACUGGGUGGUAUGUAGAGCUGGGAGCAGGAGCACUCACUGACUCGGGGGACUUUAUUUCACACUCGGUUCAUUCAGCUCUCUCAGCUGGGACUGAUUAACACAGAGCUCAAACUCAGGGUCGGGCUGGAACGGUAGCUGGUUCAGUUUAAAAGCUCGAACAGUGCUGAACCGAAUGAACCCGAGACCAAACUGACCCUCAACUGACAGACGGGCCGAAAGAGGAGACCGACCGACCGACCGACCGACCGACUGAGCUGGUCUGGUUUAAAUAAACAAACCCGAGCAACAGCAGCGGUGAAGCUCCAGCAGCCGGUUACAAGCCGGGCACAGACCUCAUGAAUGGAAAUCAGCACUACAGGAGCCGUUGGGGAUGCGCCCCUGUUCUCCAUGCCCCGCAGGCCAGGCUAUGGCACCAUGGGGAAGCCCAUCAAGUUGCUGGCCAACUGCUUCCAGGUGGACAUUCCCAAGAUGGAUGUCUAUCUGUAUGAGGUGGACAUCAAUCCAGAGAGAUGCCCACGCCGCGUCAACAGGGAGGUGGUGGACUCCAUGGUGCAACAUUUUAAAGUGACCAUCUUUGGAGACAGAAAGCCGGUGUACGAUGGCAAGAGGAGCCUCUACACAGCACAUCCUCUACCGGUGGCUGCUGCAGGAGUGGAUCUUGACGUGACCCUACCAGGAGAGGGUGGUAAGGACCGGCCCUUCAAAGUCUCCAUCAAGUUUGUGUCUCUGGUCAGCUGGCACAUGCUUCAUGAGGUGCUGACCGGACGGAGCACGACUGAGCCUGUAGAGCUGGACAAGCCAAUCAGCACCAACCCUGUGCACGCUGUCGAUGUGGUGUUGCGCCACCUGCCCUCCAUGAGGUACACUCCAGUCGGUCGAUCGUUCUUCUCUUCACCUGAAGGAUAUGAUCACCCACUGGGUGGAGGCAGGGAGGUGUGGUUUGGGUUCCAUCAGUCAGUGAGGCCUGCCAUGUGGAAGAUGAUGCUGAAUAUAGAUGUGUCUGCAACUGCAUUCUACAAAGCCCAGCAAGUGAUCCAGUUCAUGUGUGAGGUUCUAGACAUCCACAACAUCGAUGAGCAGCCACGCCCCCUGACGGACUCCCACAGGGUUAAAUUCACCAAAGAAAUCAAAGGUUUAAAAGUGGAAGUGACCCACUGUGGCACCAUGAGAAGGAAAUACAGAGUGUGUAACGUCACUCGCCGACCUGCCAGCCACCAAACGUUCCCACUGCAACUGGAGAACGGACAGACCGUGGAGAGAACAGUGGCGCAGUACUUCCGUGAGAAAUACAACCUGCAGCUCAAAUAUCCCCAUCUGCCCUGCCUGCAGGUGGGCCAGGAGCAGAAGCACACAUAUCUGCCACUGGAGGUGUGCAACAUUGUAGCUGGCCAGCGCUGCAUUAAGAAACUGACAGACAACCAGACCUCCACUAUGAUCAAAGCCACAGCACGAUCUGCACCGGACAGACAGGAGGAGAUCAGCCGACUGGUGCGCAGCGCGAACUACGAGGCCGACCCGUUCGUACAGGAGUUUCAGUUCCGCGUGCGGGACGAGAUGGAAGAAGUGACCGGUCGCGUCUUGCCUGCCCCCAUGCUGCAGUACGGCGGCAGGGUGAGCUCUGAGCACUUCCUGAAUCGAACGGUUGCCACUCCGAGCCACGGUGUAUGGGACAUGAGAGGGAAGCAGUUCCACACUGGAGUAGAAAUCAAAAUGUGGGCCAUCGCCUGUUUCGCCACCCAGAGACAGUGCCGAGAGGAGAUCCUCAAGAGCUUCACAGACCAGCUUCGUAAGAUCUCUAAAGACGCGGGGAUGCCCAUCCAGGGCCAGCCAUGCUUCUGCAAGUACGCUCAGGGAGCAGACAGUGUAGAGCCCAUGUUCCGACACCUGAAGAACACCUAUUCCGGCCUGCAACUCAUCAUCGUCAUCCUGCCCGGAAAAACGCCAGUCUACGCGGAGGUGAAGCGUGUCGGUGACACUCUCCUCGGAAUGGCCACUCAGUGUGUGCAGGUGAAGAACGUCGUAAAAACAUCCCCACAGACACUUUCCAACCUUUGCCUUAAGAUCAAUGUCAAGCUCGGUGGCAUCAACAACAUCCUGGUACCUCAUCAACGUCCAUCGGUCUUCCAGCAGCCGGUCAUCUUUCUGGGUGCUGAUGUCACUCACCCACCCGCAGGGGAUGGCAAGAAACCCUCAAUUGCUGCGGUGGUGGGCAGCAUGGACGCCCACCCGAGCCGCUACUGUGCCACGGUGCGUGUGCAGAGGCCCAGACAGGAGAUCAUCCAGGACCUGGCCUCCAUGGUCCGUGAGCUGCUCAUCCAGUUCUACAAAUCCACCCGCUACAAACCCACCCGCCUCAUCUUCUACAGGGACGGGGUGUCCGAGGGGCAGUUCCGUCAGGUCCUGUAUUAUGAGCUGGUGGCUAUUCGGGAGGCCUGUAUCAGUCUGGAGAAAGAGUACCAACCGGGCAUCACCUAUAUCGUUGUGCAGAAACGCCACCACACACGACUGUUCUGCGCUGAUCGUAAUGAGAGGGUUGGUCGAAGCGGUAACAUUCCUGCUGGCACCACCGUAGACACAGACAUCACCCAUCCAUACGAGUUCGAUUUUUACCUCUGCAGUCAUGCUGGAAUACAGGGCACGAGCCGGCCCUCACACUACCACGUCCUGUGGGAUGACAACUGCUUCACAGCUGAUGAGUUCCAGCUGCUCACCUACCAGCUGUGCCACACUUACGUUCGCUGCACCCGCUCCGUCUCCAUCCCAGCCCCAGCCUACUAUGCCCACCUGGUGGCCUUCCGAGCCCGCUACCACCUGGUGGACAAGGAGCAUGACAGUGCGGAGGGCAGUCACGUGUCAGGGCAGAGUAACGGACGAGACCCUCAGGCUUUGGCCAAAGCCGUGCAGAUUCACCACGACACUUUGAGGACCAUGUACUUCGCUUAACCCCAUCCUCCUCCUCCUCCUCCUCCUCACCUAUUAACCUGUCACUCAGAUGACAUCAUGCACUGAGCUGGAGAAGCUUCCCCCCACUUUUUCGCGCCAGCGACCAAUCACGGGCCGCGCUGCUGCUAAAACGAACCGAACCUUACUGAAGCUAGGUGAGGGGUGGGGUUCACACUUAUGCAAUAGAAUAGUAACAAACAGCCAGUCUUUUCUAAGAACGCACUUCAUCCUGUUCCGCCUUGUGUGUAGAU